ACAUCAUUUACUACAGAGUCUCUAAGCUAUGUUUUUCACUUCUUCUCCAACACACACUCACCAAAAACCAUGAGUGCCUCACACAACGCUGAUUCCGGGUGUUUCUCUGCAAUUUUACGUCGGAUUCUCUGCGCAGGCAGUCUACAGACACACCCAUCAGACCAAAUUGCAAAGUCAAACACGUUUGACUUCGAUCAUGAAAAGAAGGAUUUGAAGAGAGAUGCCGAAGUUCAAGCUCCAGGGACUAAGAGGGUCAAUACUCCAGCCUUGGCUCCAGGAGUAGUGGCAAGGCUGAUGGGGUUAGAUUCAUUGCCAGAUACAAAAUGGAUCCCAAGAGAAAGAGUUCCAGAUUCAGUCACAAGAAGCAGAUCAGUUAAUUUUAUGGACUACUUCUCAGAGCUUGAUUUAGGUAAAUCAAAACAUCGUCGUGUUCGGACGUCGGUGUCGUUUCGUGAGGUACCGACGUCGCUUCAUGGUGUGCAACAAGAUCAAGAUUUCUUGGUUCUGUACUUGGGUAAUGUAGACAAAGCAGAGGAAGUGGGAUCAAAAUUGAAGAAAUGCGAAGAAGGUCUUCGAAGGGAAAGGCAGAGAGAUGAAGAGAGAAGGAAGAGCAUGGAGAACCUAGCAGGAAGAGUGAUCAUGAAGAAAAAGAAGAAAGAAAAUAAAGUAAAUAACUCCAAAAUCUCUGCAUUGAAGAAUGAACCGAGAAGGCCGGUUGUCUCUCAUAAACAGUUUUCAAAGGCUGAUGGAAUUGAAAAGGAGAAUAAUUGCAAAAAGCUAUCAGGAAAAACACCCUACAAAGCAAAAAGUCCAGUGAACGCAAUAAAGCCCAAAGACAAAUAUGCGGGUUCCAAAAAUAUGACGAAGAGGAAGAAGAAAGAAAAUGAGGAAGUGAAUAGCGAAGUAGACCAAGAGUGUCACUCAGAUUGUUCAAGUUCAGCUUCUGUGCUUGAUCACAAAUUUCUUUCCGCCCUUGAUGAAUAUCUUCAAUCAGAGAUGAAGCCUGUUGAUUCAAUACCAAAGACGAAAAUGCCUCCAACAAGAGAAAAUUAUGACUCCCUAUCACCACAUCCUACUCAAGUUUUGAAUACUCAUAAGCUGGGUCUUCGAGCAAAGUAUGGUGCAGAACUGACAAGUGAGCUCUGCCGAUGGACAAAAGAAGAUAUAGAAGAAUCAAACUGGACUGCGAAAAAUGGGUUUGCGUUUGAAGGUUUUGAAGAUAUCUGCAAGGAAUUAGUGCAGACAAUCUUAGAUCAAUUAGUGCAUCAUGUAGUGUGUGAGCUUGUCUGAUUUUACAUGGGAAAUCUGGAAGCAAAAUGUACAUAGAAUGCAGUACUGUUCCGCUGAUAUUAAUGCAUGAUUAUCAAUUAACAAAGGAGCAAAUGUGAAAGAUGAACUGUUUAUUGA